AUGCGUCUGCCCCUUGAGUUGUUGCCGACUCUUGUCGCUGAUAUGGUUGCUGCCGUAGGGCUGCACAACACUACGAGAUUGAGACUGGAAUUUGGACCUCAGAACACAUCAGGCUUUGCGGCGAAAGCCCGCGAUGUAUCCAGGAAGAUACCUUCGUCAUUUAUUCCCUCCGAUCUGCGAACCUCGCCGCCUACAAAUAUCUGUCUACUCCUCGAAUCGUUGAUCGAUAGAGAAUCGUUCUCUAGUAACAAUUACGAGCUUGCUGCACAUCAUGAUGGGUCAAUAUAUCCAUGGACAGAUGCUAUGGUCGGAGAACUUAAGCUGGGAGCUUUUGUACUCGCUGCUUCUGUCAAAAAUCCCUUGGUCUUCCAACGAAUGGUUCAUUUUUUCCACGGGAAGCCUUGCCCCAAUGAAAUCACUCCGAGAUACUUCUCCUCGCCCCUAACUGCUGCUUCACGAUGCGGUAACUUGGACGUCGUCAAGCUCCUCUUGCAACGUGGAGCAGAUGCCCACGAUUUCGGUUAUGGAAUGAUCUCACCUAUCAACGUGGCUACUUUUGCCGGCCACGUCAAAAUCAUCCGACAACUGAUCCUGUUCGGGAGUGUUGUUGUUGCCGAGACUUAUAUCAACUGCGUCGAAUCUGCGAUUGAAGGCGGAAAGCGUCUCGACGCCGUGGAAGAAUUACUGAAACAUCGCCAUAUUUACUCCAAACUUCGGUUGAAAGACUUUGUAGAGAAAUACGUCUUCUUCGUCGCUGCUCGCACAGGCAACGUUCCCGUCUUGAAAAUGGCUUUAAAACUAAGCAUCGACGUCAAUCGUUCUGAGUCUGGCCCCUUCCCACCGUUAAAUGCCCUCACAAUAGCGGCCCAGAACGGCCGCACGGAAGUCAUUCGGCAUCUUUUGGACUACGGACUUGAUACCACACAUCCGAAUUUCCAUCGCUCGCUUGUUGUAGCUAUCUGGCACCGACGAACCGAAACUGCGAUGUUCCUUAUAGAGCACGGAGCAGAUGUUAAUGCACACAUGAUCGUUGAUACAAAUGGCACUUGUAAGAGCGCACUGGCUGCUGCUGCUUCCCAGGAGAACCGUGCGCUGAUAGGAGUUUUGAUCAGGAGAGGAGCUAGACUGAAAGCACAUGGGCAUGAAACGGCGCAAGCAGAAGAAUUAUGCAAAAAGAGCCACGAGAAGGAGGUGAUUGGCGUGACCAAAAAGCAUGAACUUGACAAGGCAGAGAUAUUGCUUCACUUUGCACCUGAGCAGGAGAAGAACGUCUCCACACCGGGAACUUUGGAAGAAGGAAUGAAGCAAUUAACCAUAUCUCCAUAA